UUUAGGAGUUCAAAGGGGCACAGAAAUUAUAAGAGACAAUCUUGGGUUCAUGUACUAUAAAAACAAAGUAACAGAGAAUAAAAUUUACUUGGCAUGUUACGAAAAGAAAUUGGAAGGACAGUGCCGGGCAACUGCUCACAUAUCUCCGGACCGCAAUGAUGAUAGGUUUACACUGUCGAAGCAACAUUUUCAUCAUGUCAGGGAACUUAAUCUCAAUGUUCCACUGCUUCGACAGGAGAUAACUGAAAGGGCUUUAGAGAGAACCAUAAACUCGUAUACUCCACGUGGAAUUUAUAUGCAAGCAAUUGCUAAUUUUCCAGAAGCUGCAGAAAAUUAUACCUUUCUACAGAGUGUAGAGAGGAUGCGGCGUAUAAGACGUAAGUUUUUCCCGCAGACUCCACGAAACAUGGCACAUUUGCACGAUUUGUUGACAGCUGCUGAUAAUGAACAUUUUGCAAUGACACUGCAAAACCCUCCUAACAGGUUUUAUCAAGGUCCAUUGAUGGUAGAGGGAAUCGUCAGUGGAGUCAUUUUUUGUAACGUCGCCAAUAUAAAUAUAAUUGCACCAGAUUUGAGAAGUGUCCGUGUAGCAGGGUGUGAUGGCACGUUUAAAACUGUACCAAAGUUUUUAGAAAAUGACGCCUAUCAGUUGUUUUCUUUCCAAGUGGUAUUUAAGGAUGUAAGCUUCCCUUUAGUUCAUGCCAUUUUGAUUGGAAAAACUCAACAAAUUUAUGUUGAAUUACUACAAUACAUAAGAAAUGUGCUUCCAUUAUGUUAUGAUCAGCUAAAAAUUAUUACUGAUUUUGAGCUAGGGCUAAUCAAUGCAGUCAAUUUAGUUUUUCCGGAAAGUAAACACCAAGGGUGUUACUUUCAUUACUGUCAAGCAGUAAUAAGAUAUGUCAGAAAUAAGAGGAGCAACAUAUUUCAAUUAUUCAAAGCUGACAAUAAUGCUGCUCGUGUGCUUCGAAUGAUUUUAGCAUUACCAUACUUACCAGCUACACAAAUUGGUGAUGUUUUGCCUUCAAUGGAGGAUGGGUUUCAUAGCAUUGUUGAGUAUGUAAACCAAUUCCCAUAUUUGGCAUUGCAAUUAAACCCAUUUAUGUUCAAUUACAUUUGGGGAUAUUGGUUCAUAACAAUGGGACCAGCAGCUGUAACAGUAUUCAACGAAGAUAUUAGGACUAACAACUUUGUAGAAAGCUACCAUGCAUCACUGCUUAGACUGAUAAAGCCUCAUCCCAAAGUUUGGGAGUUUCUAAGUAUAAUUUAAUAUUUUUAAGUUAAUUAAUUUGGUGCAGUGAAUUGUUUCAUAAUAAUAUUAUAUUAGUAUUAUUUAUUUGAGUGACUAACAAAACCUAAGUAAUUUUUUAUUUUUUAUUUUAUAGAAAAGUAGAGAAAAGUUAUACAUUGAAGCUUGUAUAUUAUGUUGUUAUUUCUUAAUGUUGCACGAUUCAAUUCAUGUUUAACUCUAACCAAAUCUAUAUGUUUGUGUCUCAGGUAAGUAUAUAUACAUUAUAAAAUACAGAUACAGGUAAGCACUAUAUAUGUGUAUGCUGUUUGUGUUAACCACCAACACUUAAGUAUCAGUAUUGAGAAAAUUUUAGAAAUAAUCAAUAAAGAAUAAAAAUAUUUGGCUUAGUAAGUAGUAACAGUUUUAAAAUAUAUAGGAGUAAUCCCUAAUUUAUACAUUUUUUUAUUUUAUAGAAAAUAAAAAAAAGGAUAAAUUGUGCAUUGUUACUUGUAUGAGUUGUUAUAUGUUUAACAUAAAACAAAACUUUAUGUUAGUGUCUCAGGUAAGUAUAUUAUAUACACAGAAUACAGAUACAGG